CUUAAUCAUGUAAAUAUGUAUGUAUAAAUUUGUAUUAUUUUUAAAUAAUUAGUUUGUGAUAAAAUAAUAAAUGUAAAUAUCACAAAUUAUAUAUCAGAAAUGCCUAAAAUUUAUUGUUAUUAACACAAAAUGCUUUGGAUGACAGUUUACGUUUGUGGUGGUUUGUAAAAAAUAGUUUUCAUACUUGCCGGCAGGAAAAUAACAAAGUGGUUUAUCAAACUACUCAUUUUUCAUUCAAUCUGCAAAGAGAGAAUUACUCAAUUGUGCAGCGAAUUGAGUGCUUUCUCUUUUUUGUUCAGAAGGGUGAUGCCAGACCAAUUAACUUUAUUUUCUGAUUUGCAGACGGAUUUUGCAGUACUGCCAAGUUCUGAUAUAUCAAAAGACAUUGCUUUAUCAUGUACCCCAUUUGGUGGCUGUUCAAAGUGCUAAAAUUAAAUGGCGUUCCAAGGUUUUGUUAUGUUUGCAACAAAUGCACUUUGCAAACUUUGGUAGAACACAAAGGAAGCUUUCCGUAAAAGCCAAUAACAAUAAAAAUCUGCAUUAUCCGAUGAAAUUAGUAACUGCGACGGGUCGAGACAAUUACUUUUAUACGUGGAAUAUGAGACCGCAACAAGUUCAUGAUUCAAGCGCUAUCGAAACAUUGCUAAAACUUGAUGCAGCCAUAUCUUUGAAAAAUGUUUCGGAAAUUAUUGAGAAUUUAUGGCCUCUAAUAGAAAAAUAUGAAAAACAAGUGAACAAUCAUGAUUUGAGUACUUGGUUUAGGGCCAAUCUUUAGGUGAAAGAUUAGCGAUUAAAUUAAAAUUAAUCCUCGAAAGAUGUUUUUGAGUACUCAAUUAGUUAAUUUUGUUUGCAAGUUUAAGCUCCCAAUGGAGGUGGUUUAA